GUGGCAACUCCACCCGGGCGGAGGGCCGUUUCGGAACCAAAACAGGUGUGCAGGUGUGUUUCUCCAUCACCCCGCGGCCCGGUGAUAGUUUGUUAUGUGAGGCUACCCGUGGCAACCGACCAAAGACCAGCGAGCUAGUGAAAUAUGUCCGCGCAAUUGAACGGCAUCGGACGGUGGUCGGCAAACAAAGCGAAGCGCCACCAACAGCCAGCGCAACCGUGCGGCGAUAGUGAGGAAUCGUCGCUGGACGAAUUUCUCGAGCACGAGCUGCUCUGCUGGCUGAACGAGGAUAAACCGAUCGGCGAGGAGAUAGCGACCAUCCGGCCGGAACUGUACGGUGAGCUGAACCACUUGUUCGGGGUAGCGAACGACGCGGACAACCGGUGCGUGGAGGACAUACUGGCGGAGGCGGAACGAUUGAUGCUGCAGGAUCCGCACGGUACGGACGUGGAACCCGCCGUACAAUCGCCGAUGGGGUGGGGCGAACUGUUACUGCCCGAGAUGGACCCAUCGCCAAACCGGGACGCCCUGUACCUGCAAACAGUAAGCCCGGACUGUGUGAAGGUGCUAGAUGUUGAUUGUCGCGGUACUUACAAUGAAACAGUCGAUAGUAGACCUCAGUCACAAACAAUGGACACAUCAAAACCAUCCAACCUUAUCGUACCAACGAUGGACGAAAGUUGUGUGACCGCCAACAAAGCCGUCGCGAAAUGUACACCAACACCAGCCUGCACGCCCCGGCAGCGACGACAACUCGAUCAACCGGCACCUAUCAACGCCUUGGAGGAAACGCAACUGGAGCCACCACACAACCAAUGCGGGCGUAAUCGCACCGUGAAGCAGACAGCAAACUGCAACAGUAGCUCCCCAGCAUUGGCGGAUCGCCGGCAGGUUAUGUGUGACAGAUCAACGCAACCGUCGCCCACGCCUGAGGAUGACGAACCGAACGAUCAGUAUGCGAGCUGGUCGAAGGAACGGUUGCUGGAGGGUAAGAUUACCGAGCUGCAGGAACGGCUGAAAGAUACCGAGGAACGGUACCACAGUUUGAAGCUGCAAUACGACACCCUGUCGCAGGUGCAUCGGACGUUGCGUGAGAAUUAUGGUGCGAUGCAGGAGGAGAGUGAAAAGCUGCAGUUCGAUAUACAGCAUCUAACCAAGUGUGCCGACGUGUUGAGGUCUGAAUUGCAAUCCGCCCGCUGCGAUCGCGAUUCGGCCAUUGAGCUGCAGAAAAUUCUACAAUCCGAGCUGGAUGAAUCACGCAAGGAGAAGAAAAGGUUACAGGACAGCGGGGAAAAGGAUACGAAAACUAUACAGGACCUGCAGCGACAGUGCCGGGAGAUGGAACGCAUACUGAUGCGUAAAAAUCCCGACUCCAUCUCAGCCUUAAUCGUGGCAAGCAAAUCACCCACGGGGAAGUCCGAAACGGACGGUUCCACCUCAACCACCUGCCGGCUACUGGAGCAGCGUAUCGCUCAGCUGGAGGCGGACGCGAAAAAGCAGGACGCCAAGGCGCAAGGUAUAUUGGCCGAUGUGCAGGCCCGCUUUAACUCGGUGCAGGCAAAGUAUGAAACGCAUAUAGCCGAUCUCGAGAUGCAGGUGCUCAGCCUGCAGGAGAUCAAUUCGAAGCUGAACGAAAAGAUCAUCCGCCAGAUGGAGGAGCUUGCCAGCAUUAGCAGCCAUGCGGCCGGUGCCACCGUCGGUGGUCUGCCGGUGGCGAAAGCCACCAGCGCCGCACGCUUCACGCAAACCGAAUCCGCCGAGGAGGCACCGGAAUGUCGGGGCCGGCGGCGCGAACCAGCUAGUGUUAAAGUGCGCUCUAUUUUAGUGCAGACGGAUGUGACCGGGACGGUGGAUGCGAUCGUUACGCGCCAGCCGAACGCGAAGCGUGCCCAGGCACAGAGCAAGGAAGACGCCCAUCUGCUGGCCACCAUUCGCGGCAUGCGGGUCGAUCUCGCCAUCAAGGAAAAGGCGGUCCAGCGGCUAACGCGCGAAGUCGACGAGUGUAAGAAAACGAUCAAAAAGUUGCAGAAAAAGAAGGAACCACCGGUGCUGGGACGGUGUGACAGUGGCCGGUCACCGGUGAAGGUGCGGAACAAGGUGGCGGACAGCUGUGCGGACAGCCCGGACAGUGGUGGACCACUUCGCGAUGCCCAGUCGAAGGUAAAAAUUCUCGAGCUGGACUACAAAGCACUGCAGGAGAAACGAUUGCAAGAUUUGAAAACUUUACAAGCCGCCCACGAAAAAGAGCUUGCAUCCUGCCACGAAUCGAUACGCUUUCUGCAGCAGCGACUGGCCGAAAGUGAAGAAGAGCUGCUCCAGCGUAAGGAUAAGCAACGACCGAACCAUAGUAACGAUUAUUACGGACUGAAGGCAAAGCGAAAGCGCACAUUGAAACGGGUUACACCACGGCAUGGGCAAAUCUUGGCCCGGAAGUGUUGGCUAUCGGCCGGCCAUAGUCGACACUGUAAAGCGUUGGUUCAGCAUAUGCUAAAGGAUGAGUUUCACUGUACCAAAACGAAUAUGCUGCUGCGACAGCAGACCGGUGCUGACAAUAAGCUACAAUUGUAAUUAGCUAAAUCCAAUCACAAAACCAAAAACUAGCUUAGAGAGAGAAAGAGAUAUGCCCCUGCCAGGGUUGAACAAAAUUCGCCAAAUGUUAUGGGUAGCCAUUAGGAUAUCUGGUCAGCUGAGUCCAAAAUAUCUGUAGCCACGGGUAGUAAAGUUAUACAUUGGAAAACUUACCGUAUUUUAGCGAUUGUGCCGGUAGUUAAACACGUUCGUAGUGAUAGAAACAUCGUUAAAAUACGGUUCCGUCCUGUUGCACCUACUAAAUUUGUAAUGGUUUUUCUUCCUCUCUUCUGUUUUGCUUUUCUAUUUUGGUUGCUUAUAGUCGACCGAACUAGUUGCGAUCAUUGCUUAUUUUUCAUCCGUACUGGCAGCAUCCAGCGUGUUAGAUUCAGUGCAGCUAGAAGGGAGCGUAAAGAGAAUUAUUAAUAUGCUAAUUGCUAUUUCUUUAUUCCUCUUUCUCUCUUUCUUUCUCACUCAAUG